AUGGACAAUAAGAUCAACAAGAAGCCUUCACAAAGACUUUCACGGAACUUCUCAAAUAAACAUAACCUUUCUUUAAAAUUUUCUAAACCGUAUAAAUUGCUAUUUGUUUUUGCAAAAAUAGAUAUUAUUAUAUUAUAA